AUGGCAGAGCCGCACAUGAAGACAGCGGGCGUCGCGCAGUACAUUCGCCACCAGGACGACGUGCCAGCCAAUGCCAUUGCGCCCACCGACGAUGUCAUGACGGAGUUCAAGCUGCUCAAGAUGCGGCGCAAGUACCGCUACAUUUUGUUCCGCAUUGAGGCCGACAAGGUGAUCGUGGACCUGACAGCGCCACGGUCGGCCACGUUCAAGGACUUUGACGCUGCGCUGCCGGACUCCGACUGCCGCUACGCCGUGUACGACCACGAGUUCCGGACCGCCGACGGUCGUCCGUCGAGCAAACUCUUUUUCGUGACGUGGAUCCCGCAGAACUCGCACCCGGGCUUCAAGAUGGCGUACACCCACGCCAAGAGCGCCAUCCAGAGCGUGUGCGAAGGCUGUUUCGAGGUCAGCGCCGUGAUCAAGAAGGAGAUUGCGCUCGGCUUGGACAUUACCGACGGAAACGCCUCAGACUCGAACAGCGAGUUCGAAGAUGACUAG